GCCAUGUGACAAAGUGACGUAUUCACCCGGAACAGGAAAUACUCGAAACGACAACAAAAGCAGGUGUAGUGUGGUACUCUUAAUUAAAUAAUAAUGGAGACUCGCUUCACCCGAGGCAAGUCUGCUAUUUUGGAGCGGCCUCUGAGCCGACCCAAAACCGAGGUGAGUGUGAGCGCCUUCGCCCUGCUGUUCUCGGAGGUGGUGCAGUACUGCCAGAGCCGAGUGUACUCUGUGACCGAGCUGCAGGCUCGUCUGGCCGAGCUGGGACAGCGGGUGGGAGCCAGCCUGCUGGAUGUGCUGGUGCUGAGAGAGAAGAACGGCAAGAGAGAGACCAAAGUACUGAACAUACUGCUGUUCAUCAAGGUAUCUGUGUGGAGAGCCUUGUUCGGUAAGGAGGCAGACAAGCUGGAGCAGGCCAACGAUGAUGACAAGACCUACUACAUCAUUGAAAAAGAGCCCCUUGUCAACACAUACAUCUCAGUUCCUAAAGAGAACAGCACCUUGAACUGUGCAGCCUUCACUGGAGGCGUCGUAGAGGCCAUCCUCACUCACAGCGGCUUCCCUGCAAAGGUCACCGUCCACUGGCACAAAGGCACUACGCUUAUGAUCAAGUUCGAUGAGGCAGUGAUUGCUAGAGACAAAGCACUGGAAGGCAGAUAGGGGAGGGGGAAUUAAAGAUUGAGAGUGUGUGUGUUUGAAUGUGUAGGCUGAGGUAUAACGUUGAAUGGAGUAUGGUGAACGCAGUGUAAAGAUUUUAUUCAAGAAUAUUUGAUUGUGAAUUCACUGGUUUAAAAUAAUUUUUCUUGCAAAUAGCAAAGAAGAAUAGACCUACAGUAAACAAUUAUUUUCAUUGCCCAUUAAAAUUAAAUGUAGGUUGAUGUAUUUGCAUUGCAUCAACAGGCCAGAGCUCAAAGAUUUUCAACUUAUUAUUACAAAAAAGUCAAUCAAUUAUCAAAAUUAUUGCCAAUUCACUUUCUCUCACUCAACUAAAAGAUCAAUGGCUUCUACAAAAGAAUGUAUUGUGUUGAAUGGUUUACAUGUAUUUGUUACUGAGGCAUAUUUAUUGAUUUGUUUCACUCAAAGUGAGACUUACCAGGGACACUUCAGAUUGUAAACAUUGCCUUAAAACGUAUUUCCCCGAAACAGUUUGUUAAUCUUGUGCUACAGUUGAGGUUCUUGUUUUUGAGUAUUAGGCUGACACCAACACUUUCCAAGCCAGCUGAUGGAAAAUCUUCCAUUUCCCCAUAUUGCCAUAUUAGUCAGCUAAAACGUGUGACUGCAUCUGAAUUGACCAACCUGAUGGGAUCUUAUCUGUAUCACUGUCAGUCUGUCUGUACAUGUUUGUAUUGUGGGGUCAGCACAACACAGUCUAACAGGGAUGUAUCCCAAAGGUGGGGCAGCUUUAUUCGUCACGUUAUGUAUGCAGUUAAAGGAUUAUGGUUUGCAUGUUUGUUUAUGCAAUGUAAUGUUUAUACCCCUUCUAUUUGCUCUGAUACAAAUGUAAAUAAUAUAAAUACAUGAAGGGAUGUUCCUUGGAUAAAGAUGUUUUUUUUCUUGAA